AUGGAUUCUCUCUCCGCCAGGACGAUCAUUGGGCGCGCCGCCAUCUCCUCUCCCGCUCUGCUCCCUCCUCAGUGCCUCAAAUUCUCCGUCUCGUUCCGAUCGGCGGCCGCUCCCUUCCUAGGCCGGUCCGCAGGGGCUCGCUCCGCCGGAGUGGGGCGGAUCUCAUGCGCUGCGGUGUCCGUGUCCACGCCGGUCGGCGGUACAGAUGCCGCCGUCUCGUCGGCUGCCGCGGCCGUGGCAUCGAAGCCGACGGUGCUGGUGUCGGAGAAGCUCGGGGAGGCCGGGCUGGAGGUCCUCCGAGGGUUCGCGAACGUCAACUGCGAGUACAACCUGUCCCAGGAGGAGCUCUGCGCCAAGAUCUCCCUCUGCGACGCGCUGAUCGUGCGGAGCGGGACCAAGGUGUCUCGGGAGGUGUUUGAGGCCGCGAAGGGGCGGCUGAAAGUCGUCGGCCGAGCUGGAGUUGGCAUCGACAACGUUGAUCUUCAGGCUGCCACUGAGUUCGGCUGCCUUGUGGUCAACGCCCCUACGGCGAACACUGUCGCUGCUGCGGAACACGGGAUCGCGUUGAUGUCCGCCAUGGCCAGGAACGUGGCGCAGGCAGACGCCUCCAUGAAGGCGGGUGAGACACUACUCUUCUCCUGGCACACCUCUCCCGGCGUUCUUUGAAGGACGAGAUCUUUGUAGAUCUGCUUAGAUCUGUUUCGUUUUGCGGGUUUUUCUGCGAUGCUUUUUUCACCGGACUUGAUAAUUUAGUGGACCCCUGGAAGUGGAUAGAAAUAAAAGAAAGUCGUGGACCCCUGCGAAAGUCAAAACACCUUGGCGUAUUCAUUUUUUAUUAUCAAUUAACUGAGGCUCCUUUUCUCUUUUCAAAAACUCGAUUCUUCUUUUCGGUCACUGUCUAUUUUCUGAAGGCUUUGUCCCUUUCCCUCUCCUUCAUUUUAUUUGUUUGCCUCUAAAAAUAUCUGAAAUAUAGGAAUAUCUAAUUUAUGCAUUUUUUGAGGGGCAGCUUUGAAUCUGUUAAUUAAAAUCGAAGCACUCUCUCCCUCCUUCCCUAUUCGGAGCAAGUAACUCGUGUUUCCGUGAAAAUAAUUGUCCAAAUAUGACUAUAGAUAGCUCAUGAUUCUUCCUGAAAUAUGAUAAGUUGAUGUCGUCAUGUUUCCCUUUGUCGGACUGUUUCUCAGUGCGUUUGGAGGUGUGAGUGAUUCAUCUUAUGAUCAACCACGGCAUUAGUUCAUCUGUAGUUUGUUUCCUUUAAUUUAUGGAUCCCAUGCUUGCAAGAGAUAAUAUUCUGAAAUCUGUGAUUGUAAGUUGAGCAGCUUCCACUGUUUCAUCCGUCAUAAGAUCGGUAUCUUUCACGGAUUUUCUCAAGAGCUCUACUGCUCUUUCUAUAUUCAGAAAUUUCAUUUCAGCUACUCCUGAGCUGCUUCUUUCUUUACAUGGUUCGAAAACGACUAUGGCCUUAAUUACCCCAUUAAUUUUCUUGACCAUUGACAGGGAAAUGGCAACGUAACAAAUUUGUUGGUGUCUCUCUGGUCGGUAAGACACUGGCCGUUCUGGGUUUUGGAAAAGUCGGCUCUGAAGUUGCUCGGCGUGCAAAGGGUCUUGGAAUGCAUGUUAUUACUCAUGAUCCCUAUGCCCCUGCUGAUCGAGCGCGUGCAAUUGGCGUGGAGUUGGUUUCCUUUGACGAGGCCAUCGCCACCUCAGAUUUCAUCUCACUUCACAUGCCGUUGACGCCUACUACUGCAAAGAUCUUCAAUGAUGAGACCUUUGCAAAGGUGAAAAAGGGCGUCAGGAUUGUCAACGUUGCAAGGGGUGGUGUUAUUGACGAAGAUGCAUUAGUGAGAGCCCUUGACAAUGGAACUGUCGCUCAGGUACUUUAGCUUGUUCCUUUGGUGAAGUUCAGUCUUCUCACAGUUCACUCACAUUCUGAUUCGUGAAUGAAUUCUUCUAUUUUCUGAGGGAUUCUUAUUUUUUUCUCUCAAUUCGAGCAGGCCGCCCUUGAUGUGUUCACAGAAGAACCCCCACAUAAAGAUAGCCCGCUGGUGCAGCAUCCAAAUGUUACCGUCACUCCUCACCUCGGGGCCAGCACAGUGGAAGCCCAGGUCCGCAUCUCACCACCCCCCCCUCCCUCUGGCUUUCCUCCAAUGGCAUUUCCUUCUCUCUCUCUCUCUCUCUCUCUACCCUCCUCCUGAACGAGAUUUCUCAUUCCAGGAAGGCGUCGCCAUUGAGAUUGCAGAAGCCGUUGUCGGGGCCUUAAACGGUGAACUCGCCGCCACUGCCGUCAAUGCCCCCAUGGUUCCUGCCGAGGUAAGCCGGUUCUUAUGUCAUACGUAAUCAAUAUUCCGCCCUCAGAAAAUAUAAGCUAUAUAGUAGCCAAUCAAAUUGUUUAUUUAUUUAUUUAAUUAGUCAUUUAUCUCUGUGCUUGUGUGUGUGAAUGUGAUGAUAUUCAGGUUCUGUCAGAGCUGGCUCCGUAUGUGGUGCUGGCGGAGAAGCUGGGCCGUUUAGCCGUCCAGCUGGUGGCCGGGAGGAGCGGCAUCAAAGGGGUGAAGAUCUCGUACGCGUCGGCGCGGAACCCCGACGAUCUGGACACCCGUAUCCUGCGGGCCAUGGUGACCAAGGGCAUCGUCGAGCCCGUCUCCAGCGUCUUCGUCAACCUGGUCAACGCUGACUUCACGGCGAAGCAGCGCGGGCUCCGUAUCACGGAGGAGCGUCACUUCCUCCACGGCGGGAACCCCGCCGACGGCGCCCCCCUCGAGUCCAUCCAGGUCCACCUCAGCCAUGUGGAGUCGAGAUUCGCGAGCGCGCUCUCCGACUCGGGGGAGGUCCGAGUCGAGGGCCGGGUCAAGGACGGGAUUCCGCACCUGACCCACGUGGGGUCCUUCGCCGUUGACGUGAGCCUCGAGGGGAACCUCAUCCUUUGCCGGCAGGUUGACCAGCCGGGGAUGAUCGGCCGCGUGGGGAACAUCCUCGGCGACGACAACGUCAACGUGAACUACAUGAGCGUCGGUAGGAUCGGGCACGGCCAGCAGGCCAUCAUGGCCAUCGGCGUGGACGAGGAGCCCUCCAAGGACACCCUCUCCAAGAUCGGCGACGUCCCCGCCAUCCAGGAGUUCGUCUUCCUCAAGCUAUAA